AUGCGUUUCCAACAGUUUUCCAUUCUGGCCAUGGCUGCUACAGCCAUCGGCGCUCCGACUACAAACUCGACAACAGAGCCGCCUCGUAACUUUGGCUUCGUUCUGUACAACUCUUUCGACGUGCUCGACAUUGCUGGCUCCAUCGAGCCGCUCUUCCUCCUCUCUUCUCGCCAGCAGCUCAACCUCAGCAUCAUAGCCGAGUCCAUGCAGCCCGUGCUCAUGCAGACUGCCGGCGGUGACAAGAACUCGGCCGGCUCCCACUUCCAGCUCUCCGUCAACCCCACGCACACAUUCGCCGACCCGCCCCCGGACAUUGACGUGCUGUUCGUCCCCGGCGGCGGCGGCGUGCGGACCGGCAACAUAUCGGCCGCGGUCGACUUUGUGCGCGCCACGUAUCCCAAGGUCAGGUAUCUCAUCACCGUGUGUACUGGCGCGGGUGUGGCUGCCAAGGCUGGUGUUCUGGACGGCAAGCGCGCAACGACGAACAAGGCAGCGUGGGCGGAGAUUACGCCAUUGGGAAAGAAUGUGCAGUGGACGUCACCGGCACGGUGGGUGGUGGAUGGCAACGUGUGGACGGCGUCGGGUGUCGUGUCUGGCAUUGAUCUCAUCUUUGCCUUUAUCGAGGAAUUCUUUGGCAAGGAUAUUGCUCACCGCAUUCAGGGUGCCACGGAGCACAAGCGCACGGUUGACCCUUGUGAUGAUCCUUUUGCGGCAUGGAACAAUGUCACUGCAAGCGGUCACUGUUGA